AUGCUUCUCGAGAGUCGAUGCAUCACCAUAUUGAGCGGUGACCUCACAGCUAAUCAAAUGGGAUUCUCGAAUACUGUUUGGCAGCAGCUCAGUCAGUCCGUGCAGAUCGUUAUACACGCUGCUGCAUCAAUCAACUUGCGUAGCUCUUUGCACAAGCUAUCGGCAUCUAUCAUUGCGCCAAGCCUGUCAUUGGCACAGAAUGCAAUUGAGUUUGCCAACUUGCAAAGUUUUGUCUUUGUAUCAACGGCAUACGCCAAUUCACACUUGUGGAAGACCACUUUACUCUCAGAUGUGCCUGUCGAUGAGUGUAUAUACCCGCUUCAACCAGACAGCAAGCCAUUCUAUAUCGAUCAUUCCGUGACGUGGGAGAAAAUCGGCCUCCAGACGGCAAACGAAUGGGAAUCUGUGCGGACAACGGGAACGAGUCGCGAAUUCGAGGAUCACGAUUUUCCUUGGGCGUACGCAUAUGCCAAGCAUUUGACAGAGCGCCUCAUUACUGAUGUCUUUAUGCGGAAUGGUGCAAGGAAGAAACUGUUGAUUGUCAGGCCUUCCGUCUUGUGUCCAGCAAUGAGCCACCCACAUCCGGGCUUCUCGGUUCCAUCUUCAACACCUUCAACAGCUUUGGCUACUGGGAUUGUGCUCCAAAUAGGACGACAUAUAAAGCUUGCUAGUCGAAGUUCCGAUCCUGACAAAGAUGUCACUAUCGAUGAAGUACCGGUAGAUGUCGUGGCCGAUAGGAUGCUUUCUCAUCUUUCCCGCGGCACAUUCGGAUGUGUUCAUGCGGUGGGAGGUAAAACGGGUCGAUCACGCUUCUGUGAGUGGUGGCCCGCUCUCAUGCGGGAGCGCCGCCUACCAUGGGACGUUAAACCCGUUUGGUCCACCCUCGAUUGGCAUUCACCGAAGAUUCAUCCACUGGGCCAGCUUUACGUUAUCCUAGGUACCUCUUUUGACUUUCAAGAGGGUCGGACAACGCAGCUUUUGAGCAACCUCAGUCAGCAUGAAAAGCUUCAUCUCAAGCUAUUCAUGGACGACUUCAAACCAUAUGAAUUUGUCCAUAGAAGGUACCAGAUCCGCCAAAUGGCCUUGUGCAUCGCGAAGAAAAAAAACUGGCCGCCCUGUUUGAUCAAACUGUUGUGCCGCCCUGGCACAGUUGAUGGCAGCAAUUCUUUAUCGCAACGUUCAAAUAUCGAGUUUGAAUAUAGCAACAAAUUUGGAGCAUUUCCGACCGAUUCUAAAGCCAAUGGCUUUGUUGAUGAGUCUUGA